AUGACCUCCGGCUACUAUGAACUCCUGCAGAACAAAGUACCGCUGCUGGGGAGUAGCACAGCUUGCAUAGUCGUUCUGGAUCGUCGGAGUCACAGGAUACACACCUGCAAUCUGGGAGACUCAGGCUUCUUGGUGGUUCGGGGUGGAGAGGUGGUCCAUCGGUCAGACGAGCAGCAACACUACUUCAACACACCCUUCCAGCUGUCCAUAGCAGAUAGCUCUUCCUUUGAUGUCCAAUUAGGGGACAUCAUUUUGACUGCUACUGACGGCCUCUUUGACAACAUGCCUGACUACAUGAUCCUGCAAGAACUCAAGAAACUCAAGAACACCAACUAUGAUAGUAUCCAGCAGACUGCCCGCAGCAUUGCUGAACAGGCCCACGAGUUGGCCUACGACCCCAACUACAUGUCCCCUUUUGCCCAGUUUGCCUGUGACAACGGGUUGAAUGUAAGAGGGGGGAAGCCUGACGACAUCACAGUGCUUCUGUCCAUUGUGGCAGAAUACACAGACUGAGCGCGCUCAGUGGAGCUUGCUCUUCUCUUACACCGGUGUCUUCCACCCCUCUCCUAUUGCACUGCUCCCCAUCUCACUUCUCCCAGCACCACUUUCCAUUCUUCCAUUUCUCGAGUAGAUCUCCAGUCAACGCAGGGAGGAGGAUAACAUGAACUCACUGGUGUGGGUGGUGAUGCAAGCGGUACAAACAGUCCACAAUUGAUGACCUCAUUUGUGUUUAAAAGGAUCUUGGGAAUCUUCAACCCGUGUUGUGAAUUUGUGUCAUUUCUAUUUUUCCAAGGGGCAAGGAGAGCCAUGCAUUACCCACAAAAAGUGGUUUCUAAUGGGAGAAGCUGUCAUAUUCACUCGUGUGGUUUGUGCAAAUGAAAAGCUGUUGUUAAAUGGUUGGUUGUCUAUGUCUUG